ACCUUGUAUGGCAUCUGCAGACACAGACACGCCUCCAACGGCCACCAAUGCUCUUAUCACUCUUGUUAAUUCUCCUUGGAGACCUAUCCUCCAGUCUGAUGGUCAGAUCGUCUUGUACAACCCUCUAUCUCAUGCUGUAACUAUCUCGCAACUGAGGGAUAUCGACUAUGACGAGGUCGACUUACCGGAGUUAUGCCCCGUAUGCAGGCAGCCUAUUCCAGAUAAGCAUGCCCAUUCACAAGAAGAAACACCUCGAAGAGCGUCGAACUACUUUCACCUCCUCGCAAUGACGAAUGAAAAUUACUCGAGACCGGGCAGUCCAUCUCCUUCAGGAAGCCGCCUGUUCGGUGACGAAACUUUGGCCGAGGGUUACUACGAGACGUUCUUUCGAGAGGAAAGGCGAUUAGGAAUGGGUGCCAAUGGGACGGUGUUUCUGUGUCAGCACGUCUUGGAUGGUAACCCAUUAGGGCACUUUGCCGUCAAGAAGAUUGCAGUUGGGCGCUCACAUUCCUAUCUCUUACAAACAUUACGAGAGGUACGAUUACUCGAAACACUACGACAUCCCAACAUUAUCACAUAUCAUCACGCAUGGGUCGAGUCCUACCAAUUCUCAUCAUUCGGCGAACGUGUCCCCACCCUCUUUGUAUUGAUGCAAUUUGCGGAUGCCGGCAGUCUGGAUACCCUUCUCGCUGCCCGUCAAGGCAUUACCAACGACUCACCUGCCACUGCAAAUACCACCAUUUCUGAAUCCCAUUCUGCCAAGAUCAGGGCACUCAAGGCACGCAGGCAACGGGAAAUACAAAAAGGCAAGACGCCAGUACACUUCUUGAGCCCGGAAGAGAUCGAGAAGCUCUUUGAGGACGUUGUGGAGGGUCUGAAUUUCUUGCACGAGCGCUCUAUUCUACACCUGGACCUGAAGCCAGCCAAUGUCCUUCUCUCGGAGGAUCCGGACUCAUCUACACCGCGAGCUCUCUUAUCCGACUUUGGGAACUCUCAGGAUGGCCUGCAUUCUAAGAAAGAACGAUCAGGGGAGACAGGAACGCUCGAAUUCAUGGCGCCCGAGCUAAUCAAGCCCCCCUUUCUUCCUGCCACGAAGGCUGCUGAUCUCUGGUCAUUGGGGAUGAUCCUAUACUCCAUGAUAUUCUUCCGAUCGCCUUAUUCUCAAACAAGGGAUGUCGAAAACCUCGAGGCGGAAGUUCUAGAAUAUCGUGGUUUCGUCGCUACACCGGAAGAGGAAGAGGCAUGCGCAAUAAGGAGUAUACCAUCUUAUAUGCUUCGGCUGCUCGAAGGGUUGUUACAUCGGGACCCUGCUAUGCGACCGAGCACUGAAAAGAUCUUGUCUGCCAUCCAAGCAACAAGGACGUCCAAGCCGGUACACCCUCGUCGCAUGAGUAAUGAUCUCAGGGCGCGCCGGUCCCCGCCGUUACUGCGCAGUCCGCGCCGACUGGUAGCCCCCAGGACGGAAAAUUACUCGAGCGACGAGAUGUUAUCCAAUGGAGGCAGUGAGACCCCCCGGCUGGAGGAAGUCGCAAAUGAGGAAGAGCCUCCCCCGAUCAUCAACAAGCGCCGUCGCGUCCGCAUUCGAACUCCAAAAGUGACUCGCACCCAGGUCCGGAAGGCUACUCAGGCUAUCAAGGUGGCUGCUUUAGUUGUGAAGAUUGUGACCUUCCCUAUGCUAUGCCCUUGGAUACGCUUCGACUCCUGGCGCGGUGUAUUCAUGGUGGGGCUUGCAGCAGCCGACAUCCUCAGCGACAGUCUGCUACCGACAUCGAUCCUCAUGGCCGCUCAUGUUGGCCUAGUAACUAUCUGGAGACUUCGGAAUCCAUUUCUUUCGUAAUCUUA